AGAAUUCAUUAAACGAGGCCCACGUUACAAUGUUCCGCUUCAACCAUGUAGUUAAGUACGUAACCACAUAACAUCUGAUUGGAUUGAAACACCCUGAAAAUAAGGUGGUCAGCCGGUUGCUUGUCUCGUUACCAAUUUAGCCUCAAAACAAAAUCACUACCACGGAGCACCUGACUCUCGCCCUCCGAGCCGCGACUUCGACCUUCCCUACCAUCGUCGUCAUUGACAACCAGCACCAACCUAACGAAGCCGGCAAUGCAUUCUUUACCCUUCCUCGCCUUUUUCCCUUCAAUCCCACAACUGCCGUCCUCUCCCUCGUUCGCUUCGAUCUUUCGCGCUCGAAGACUCCGCAAAACCAAAACCCAUCAAUGCUAUCCGUCUCGCCCCCGCCAUUCUUUACGGCCUAACGUCGGAUUCGGGAAUGGCUCGAAACCAGCGGAUCCCAGUGGAGGGGAAGGAGCUGGCCCGCUUUCUCACCUCCACCGUCGGCAGCUUCGUCCAGGACCGCCUCAUCGACCGCGACCGCCGGGCCCACCACAAGGAGCAGUGCGCCGAGCGCCUCGCCGCCGAGGGCCGCACCUUUCCCUCCUCCGCCGCCGCCCCCGAGGUCCGCUACUCCGACCAGGCCGUCCUUGCGAACCUCGACUGGGGCAUCGACGCCCUCGAGGAGGCCAUCGCCACAUCCAACCCAGAGGCCAAGCUCGCUCGCCUCGGCCACGCCGAGCGGAUGCUCCAGGUUUGCGCGCUCCUCGACCCUGCCCAGGCCACAGCCGGCGUCCCCAACUCGUACCUGUCCGCCUGGGCCCACCUCCACCUCGCUUACCUCGCCCGCCUCCGCGGCGACUCCCGGGGCUCCGCCCUUCACGCCCUGGAGAUGUUCGACGUCGACCCCUUCUUUGCCCGCAUCGACUUCGCCCCGGAGCUAUGGGAGGUGCUCUUCCUCCCCCACAUGGCCUCCAUCGUCGGGUGGUACGUCGAGGCCCGCCACCGGAUCUUGGUGGAAGCCAUGCCGGACGCCGGCGACCUCUCGCUGACGGCCGAGCUCGACGACCAGCUAUUCCACGAGUCGCUGGUGCUCUCGGUGAGGCCGGACAAGGCGGAGAAUCUGAGGGAGCUGGAGAAGCGGUAUGGGGAAGCGCUGGACCACAGCACGAGGAUGUACGCCAGGUACUACAAGGAUGUCCUCAGUCAAGAUCCGGCGGCUGCAGCGACCGGGAGGAAGGGGGCGCCGGUCCUGCCGCCGAUCGCGGAGCCCCCGAUGACGCCUCUGCAUGAGGUCAGCCGUUCGAUCCCCGAUUACGUCAAGUUCGGGCCCAUCUUGCCCAAGAGCGCGGGUUUCUCUCCUGUUCUCAAGAACAGAGACGACGAGGAUGGAGGCGUCCCCUGUCUUGGCAGUGACGAAAUGAGUGUAAACCCAAGCUCUGCUCAGAAACUGGAAAAAUCAAGUGGACAGGUCAUCAAUGGUGCCUUGCUUGAAGAAAAUGAAGCUGACAAUGAUUCUGAUGGCGGUGAUGUUAGUAGAGAUUCUGAAAUAAUGAUUGAUCAACAAUUAGCUCUAAAUAGCAUGAGGCAAAAGGUUGACUAUGGAAGUUUAUCGAAGUUUCUUUCAUCUAGAAUGAAGGAUCGAUCCACAUUUCUGAAGAGUUAUUCUCCUGCGGAUUCCCCCAAAUCACUUUCCCCUAAAGUUUCAUCUCCAAAACCACUCUUCUCUUCUGAAAAGGAACCAGAGCAACUCCUCCGCCUUUCAUCCAGUCGUGUUACAAAUCCUUCCCCUAAGAUGAUCUCCCCUCUGGAUUCCUCAAAAUCUACUCCAGAGUUUUUGUCUCCAAAACCUGCAAAAGAAUCCAAACUACUCCGUUUCCGGUCUGGUCACUCCCCAACAGGAUCACCAUCUCCACAUUAUUUCAGUGACCUGAACAUUAGUUCAAUUGGCUCUGACGAUGAAGGGAAACUGCGGGGAAGUUGCAGGAACAACUUCAGUGGCACACGUAGCAUAGCCUAUGCAUAUGCGAGUAAAAGUAACCAUCUACCGAAUGACAGUCAUCAUAUUGAGAGUGAAGAUGAUAUGAGCCGAUGCAGCAGUUCUCUUCACUCAUCUGAUAGUUUGAUGCACAGAGCAAGACCACCAAAGGACUUUGUUUGCCCUAUAACAGGCCAGCUUUUCGGCGAUCCAGUUACUCUGGAGACAGGUCAAACAUUUGAGAGACGAGCGAUUCAAGAAUGGAUAAAGAGAGGAAAUAAGACAUGUCCUAUCACUCGUCAGCUUCUCUCUUCAACUAUUCUACCUAAAACCAACUAUGUUCUGAAGCGACUCAUUGCAUCAUGGAUGGAACAAAACCCUGAUAUUGCCCAAGAAUUCUGUCACUCUGAGACCACCAGUGCUUCCGUCAGUCCAAUCUCUUCCAUGGAAUUUUUUUUGGAGCCAAAAACCUCAGCAAAUCUUAGUCUUCCUCUUGCUCAAACAAGACUGAAUACUAAAAACAAUGAGAGAAGGUGCAAACGAUUUACAAGAGCAGCACUCGCUACAUCUCCAACUAGCGUAAUAUCUCAAGCUGCGAGCAAAACAAUUAUAAAUGGGCUAAAGCCAUAUACCUUGCGUCUAUGCACUUUUGAGGACUUGCAAGAAUGCGAAGAAGCUGUUUUGACAAUAGCAAGGAUAUGGAAGGAUUCAAGGACUGACCCAGGGAUUCAUGCUUAUUUGUCCAAUCCAAAAAUUAUUAAUGGCUUUGUUGAAAUACUAUCAGCUUCGACCAACAGAGAGGCUCUUCGAGCAUCCAUCUAUGUUCUGUCAGAACUUGUUUCUGUAGAUGAAACUGUAGGUGAAAUGCUCAGCAGUGUAGAGACUAAUUUUGAUUGCUUGGCUGUCUUGCUUAUUAAUGGCUUGGCUGAAGCUGCUGUUCUUAUCUGCCAGCUGAUGCCACCAUACUCCCAGCUUGUGAGUCACAACCUCAUACCAUCCCUAGUUCAGUUAAUAAUGGAAAAAAAUGAACAGAUGGAUGACUUCUGCUUGGUAUUGGAGCCCAACAGUGCUGCAGUAAUAAUACUACAGCAGAUCCUGUUAGGUGGAGAUGAGAAUAGCCGGUCAUGUAAUGCUUUAAGUGUUAUUGCAGCAAAUGGCCUUCCUGCUUUGAUCAAGUGCAUGGAUCAAACUGAAGGACGUGUUUCCAUUGUAUCAUUACUUCUAAGCUGUAUGCGUGCUGAUAAGGGCUGCGGAAAUCUAAUAACAAAUAGAGUCGAAUUAGCUCCAGUGCUUGAAUUGUUUCAUGCUGGAGAUGAGAGCACAAAAAGCAUAUGCAUUGAUUUUAUCUCAGAGCUAGUUUGUUUGAACAGGAGAACAAUCUGCAAUCAAAUUUUGCAGAUCAUCAAAGAUGAGGGAGCAUUUAGUACAAUGCACACCUUUCUAGUCUACCUUCAGAUGGCAUCAAUAGAGCAGCAACCUGCAGUUGCCAGUCUUCUUCUCCAGCUUGAUCUUUUGAUUGAACCUCGAAAGACAAGCAUAUACCGAGAAGAAGCCAUUGAUGCAAUAAUUGAAGCUCUUAAAAGGAAAGACUUUCCCAUUUGUCAGAGCAUGGCUCUAGAUAUGCUAACUUCUCUUCCUGGGAGGUUAAACUCAGGGAAGCCUCUUAUUGAAGCAUGGUUACUCAAGGUUGCGGGAGUUAAUAAUCCCUAUGAUACAUCAGUGAAGGAAGAGAAGAUACAAACUCUAGAUGAUGCAUCUGUUGACAUGGUGGAGAUGAUGGAAGAGGAAGAGAAAGCAAUGAAUGCUUGGGAGAAACGAGUAGCAUUUGUUCUUUGUCAUCAUGAUAAUGGAGCCAUUUUUGAAGCUUUAGGUGAAUGUCUUACAAGCAAUUCUUUGGAGAUGACAAAAAAAUGCCUUAUCAUUGCUACAUGGCUCGCAUACAUGCUCAGUUGUCUUCCUGAUACUGGUAUAAGAACAAUUGCAGCCAAUUGUUUUCUUGAUCAAUUCGUUAAUGUCCUCCAUUCAUCGAGGAACCUUGAAGAGAAGGUUCUCGCCACCUUGGCUUUAAAAAGCUUUAUAAUUGAUUCAGAUUCUCUUAAGAAAUUUGAGAUAUAUGCCACAGAAAUUUGCAAGCCCUUGAGGAAGCUCAAGAGGCAUUCAUCAGCGGUUGCAGAUUUGUUGAGAGCAAUAAUGAACAUACCAUCUGUUGACACGACAGAGUUCUUUUCUUGCACUGAGCUAUUUGAGAUUGAUUCCAUUGCUAAUGGUGAAGUUCAAUCAUUGAUAUAUUCAAAAGGUCGGCUUUUUAGCAGCCACUCUGAUGGAACUAUUAAGGUGUGGGAAACUGGUAGGAGGGUUUUGAAAUUGAUCCAGGAAGUCCGUGCACACUCAAAGGCGGUCACAUGCCUCUAUAUUCCAUCCUCAGGAGACAAGCUUUAUAGUGGCUCACAUGAUAAAACAAUUCGAGUUUGGGCAAUCAGGCCUGAUGAAAUCCAUCCUGUUCAGAUUCAUGACACUAAAGAUACAGUCAAUUGCUUAGCCGCUAACGCUAACCUUCUAUGUUUUACAUCUCAAGGAACCGGUGCUAAGGUUUAUGACUGGAAUGGAUCUCCAAAGCAUGUAAAUUUCAACAAAAAUGUCAAAUGCUUAGCCAUAAUGGAAGACAGUCUGUACUGUGGGUGCUCUGGCUACAGCAUCCAGGAAGUAGAUCUGCGCAAAUGCAGAUCAAAUACAUUUUAUUCCGGGACAAGAAAACUGCUUGGCAAGCAGACUAUUCAUGCCUUGUUCAUUCAAGAUGAUAUUCUCUUCGCUGGUGGAUCUUCUGUUGAUGGGACAGCUGGCAAGGCUUUCUCGUUGUCUACAAAAACACCAGUCCGGUCAUUCUCCACAGCAUUGGACAUACAGUGCAUUAUUGUGAACAAUGAUUUUGUGUUCACUGGAACGAAAUGUGGGAUCAUUGAAGUUUGGUUGCGAGAGAGGCUCACAAGAGUUGCCUCAAUUAAAGUGGGUGGAGGGGCAAACACAAAAGUUACAACCCUGGCGUCAGACUCUGAUGGAGAACUGCUCUUUUCAGGUUCUGCUGAUGGGAGGAUUCAGGUUUGGGCUCUGGAGUGAGAAACCACCUAACUUGUACAACUUCCACAAUGAGUAAAAAGUUGGAGGGUAAGUACAUUGUGUUUGACUUUGUUUCAACGUUCUUUGAUCUCAAUUCAACGCAGAACAUUGAUGUCAGAAAGAAGAAAUUAGAAGUUUGUUCAAUUAAAUCUCACGACAUUUAGCUGUUCACUGAUAAGCUGUAUAUAUAAUUUUUCAACAUGUGUUUCAUGACAUUUGAAGCAUCUGGUGGCAGGUUCAUGUAUAUCAGUGAUUUCUAUUUUUAAAUUUUUGUUUCCUUUA